CUCUCCUCCCUCACCACCACUAUUACCUCUGCAUUUCCAAUUACAUACACACACAUACAUAUAUUAUAUAUUUAUAUAUAUUUAUAUUUACUUCUCAGCAACUUACAGCUGCGAUAGCUAUGGCUCCAAGUUUCAGCAAGGGGGCCUCAAACGGCGCCGUUUUGAGCGAUGACGCCGUCGCCACUCCUACAAUAUCUCUCGACGGCUCCAACUUCACCGCCAACGGCCAAAUCUUCCUCACCGACGUCCCCGCCAACGUCACCGCCGCCGCCGUCUCCUCCGGCUGCUUCGUCGGCUUCGACGCCAAGGAGCCGGCCAGCCACCACGUCGUCUCCAUCGGGAAACUCACCGGCAUCCGGUUCAUGUCCAUUUUCCGGUUCAAGGUCUGGUGGACCACCCACUGGACCGGCUCCACCGGCUCCGACCUCGAGCGCGAGACCCAAAUCCUCGUCCUCGAAAACUCCGGCGACGGCGCCCGCCCCUACGUCGUCUUCCUCCCCAUCAUCGAGGGCCCAUUCCGGGCCUCCCUCCAGCCCGGCCCGGCCGACUUCAUCGACGUCUGCGUCGAGAGCAGCUCCACCAAGGUCACGGCGGCGUCCUUCCGGUCGGCGCUGUACCUCCACGCCGGCGACGACCCGUUCACCCUCGUCAAAGACGCCAUCAAAGUCGCCCGCCACCACCUCGGCACGUUCCGCCUCCUCGACGAGAAGUCGCCGCCGGGGAUUGUCGACAAGUUCGGGUGGUGCACCUGGGACGCCUUCUACCUGACCGUACAACCCCACGGCGUCUGGGCCGGCGUCAAAGGCCUCGUCGACGGCGGCUGCCCCCCCGGCCUCGUCCUCAUCGACGACGGCUGGCAGUCCAUCUGCCACGACGACGACCCCAUCACCUCCGAGGGCAUGAACCGGACCUCCGCCGGCGAGCAGAUGCCCUGCCGCCUCAUCAAAUUCGAGGAGAACUACAAGUUCCGGGAGUACGUCAGCCCAAACAAGUCCGGCCCGGGCCCGAAUACCGGCAUGGGCGCCUUCAUCCGCGACAUGAAGGAGACCUUCAACACCGUCGACUACGUCUACGUUUGGCACGCUUUAUGCGGCUACUGGGGCGGGCUCCGACCCGGCGUCCCGGGCAUACCCGAAUCCGAAGUAAUCCAGCCCGUUUUAACCCCCGGGCUCAAAACCACCAUGGAAGACCUUGCGGUCGAUAAGAUCGUCAACAAUGGAGUCGGCCUCGUCCCGCCUGAAUUCGUCGACCAAAUGUACGAGGGUCUUCACUCCCAUCUGGAAUCUGUCGGAAUCGAUGGCGUCAAAGUGGAUGUCAUCCACCUUCUGGAAAUGCUGUGCGAGGACUAUGGCGGCAGAGUGGAGCUAGCAAAGGCUUACUACAAAGCACUGUCGAACUCGACGAAGAAGCACUUCAAUGGCAAUGGCGUAAUCGCGAGCAUGGAGCACUGCAACGACUUCAUGUUCCUGGGCACAGAGGCCAUCUCCCUCGGCCGCGUCGGAGACGAUUUCUGGUGCACUGAUCCCUCCGGCGACCCCAACGGCACCUUCUGGUUGCAGGGCUGCCACAUGGUUCACUGCGCCUACAACAGCUUGUGGAUGGGCAACUUCAUCCAUCCCGACUGGGACAUGUUCCAGUCCACCCACCCCUGCGCCGAGUUCCACGCGGCCUCACGCGCCAUCUCCGGCGGCCCUAUCUACGUCAGCGACUCCGUCGGAAAACACAACUUCGACCUCCUCAAAAGCCUCGUCCUUCCCGACGGCUCCAUCCUCCGCUGCGACUACUACGCUCUCCCCAGCCGCGACUGCCUCUUCGAGAAUCCUCUCCACAACGGCAAAACCAUGCUCAAAAUCUGGAAUCUCAACAAGUUCACCGGAGUCGUCGGAGCUUUCAAUUGUCAAGGCGGCGGGUGGAGCCCCGAGGACCGCCGCAAUAAAUGCUUCGCCGAGUACUCUCGCGUCGUCUCCUCCACCGCCGGCCCCGGCGACAUCGAGUGGAAGCAGGGGAAAACUCCGAUUCCGGUGGAAGGCGUCCAGACCUUCGCCCUGUACUUAUUCAAGGAGAAGAAACUCAUCCUCUCCAAACCCUUCGGCACUGUGGAUCUCACCCUCGAACCCUUCGAUUUCGAGCUCAUAACCGUCUCCCCCGUCAAAUCUCUCCCCAAAUCCUCCGUUCAGUUCGCUCCGAUCGGCCUGGUAAACAUGCUCAACACCGGCGGGGCGAUUCAAUCAAUGGUGUUCAACGAUCGCGCCAAUUCCGUACAAAUCGGAGUGAAGGGCUCCGGCGAGAUGCGGGCGUUCGCCUCCGAGAAACCCGCCGGCUGCAGAGUGAACGGCGAGCGCGUGAGAUUCGUGUACGAGAAUUAUAUGGUGAUUACGAACGUCCCCUGGCCCAGCUCCUCCGGCGUGUCCGUCGUCGAAUAUUCAUUCUGAUCACGCCGGCGCCGUUUGCGCAUUUUACUACAAAACGGCGCCGUCUCUUUCCGUCUAAUUUAUUAUUGAACGGCGCCGGUUGUUUGGAAUUUCUCCUUUUAUUUUUAUUUUUAUUUUUAUUUUUUAUUUUUGGCUUUCCUAAAUAUGCAAUCAACUACGACUUCCCUAUCUAUAUAUUGUCAUCACUCAGGGGAAGCAAUAUUUCGUGUAUUUCCAACUUCCAAGUAUUAUUGAGAUAUGAAUAAAUUUCAUGCUUUUCCUUUA